AUCGAUGUUGAAGUUUUUUUCAUUUCUUCCUGAAUAAACACUGGAGUUUGGACAGAAUUUCGAAGCUGAAAUUAACUUUAAUCUGGAUCAUUCAUCAACCGGAACUUUGCAAUUUUGGAUAUAUAAAUCAUUUUAAUAGACUCCGGGGAAAUCAAUUGAUUGUUAUAUCAUACCACAGGAAGUCAAGGAACGAAAUUACAAUGUCGGUCAUGAUCAUAUUCACAUAUUUGACUUUAAAAAAAUCUCUAACACAAAGUGUAGGAAAAUUAACUAUACGUGCACAGUCUACGCGGGCUCUCCUUAACACCAUGGCGGCAAAUUCACCAUUAAACUUGUAAAGUGUUUGAUUCUCCAAUAAAUGUCAAACAUAUUUCUCAAUGAUUACUUGGAUCUAUGAUUAGAUUGUUGAAGCCUUACUGUUUUCAAAGAUUGAAUUUUAAAUAGAGUGGAAUGGCUACCUGUGAAAUACUUAUUGUGUCAAAAAUGACUGCUUACUUUUUUAGUCAGUUAUGUGCAUCUUAUCGAGAGAAGAAUUCCAUCAAAUUUUGUACAUGAACUACAUUUAACUUGGUAAAAAUGUGUGAUAAGAAACAGAGGGCAAGGACUACAAUGUUGGAUUACUUUCAAAGAGAUUCACUCAAUGACCAGAGCAAAUGUGAUUCUUCCAAAAAGGAUGACAAAACAAGAAUUCUGAACAAAGGCACCCUGCAAUCAGAUAAAGGUUUCACCUCGAUUUGCUCAAAUGAGGUUGAGAAAGUAGAAUGUGACGUCAUCCCAUUAGAAAGGACGGGUGACGAAACUUCCCUUGAAGGAAAUGAUAAAAUGGGUGAUGAUAAAAACAUGGAUGUAGAUUAUAUGGCGAAUAAAACUGGCAAAGAAAUUAAUUCAGUAAACCAAGAAUUGCCUAGUUGUCUCGAUCAACGAAGUAGCGAUGGUAAGGUUAAGUGGUGUUUUGCUUGGAGGGGUCAAAAAAGAAAAAGAAAAACGAAUUUACAAAAAAUGAUUCAAAGAGGAGAAAGAAUUCUGUAUCAGAAGAGAGCAAAUUGAAUGAGCUAAAAGGUAGAAAGUGGAAUUAUACGCUGGAAAUGCUGGAUGAUCGCUCCUUUGACUUAGUUUUGCCUCCGGUCAUCGACUAUUCUGCAAAGUUCAAGAAAGAUGUGCAUUUGUGUUCUGCAAACUUUUCCGAAACACCACGACUUACGUUAGAAAAUAAAAGUUUUGAUGUUCAUGAAAGUAGCGCUGCCGUUGAUGCUCACGAAAGUAUUGUGGAUGUUGAUGAAAAUACCUCAAAUGUUGACGAAGGUACCGAUGAUAUUCACAACAAUACCAAUGAUUUUCCUAUGAAUACAGUGGAUGUUAAUGAAAGUAACGCUGCUAAUGUUUAUGAAAGUACUGCCUUUGCUGAUGUUCACCAAAAUACCGCUGAUGUUCCCAAGAGUACCAUUGAUUUUUAUGAAAGCACCAUUAGUGUUGAUGAAAGUACCACUGAUGUUCAUAAAAGUCCCAUUAGUGUUGAUGAAUGUGCUGUUGAUGUUGAUGAAGUUGAUAAAAGUACAGUUGAUGUUCUCAAAAGUACUGUUAAUGUUGAUGAAAGUGCCGCUGAUGUUCUCAAAAAUACCGCUGAUGUUCAUGAAAGUACCAUUUGUGUUGAUGAAAGUACUGUUGUUGUUCACAAAGUUGAUGAAAGUAACGCUGAUGUUCUCAAAAGUAACGCUGAUAUUCCCAAAAAUACCACUGAUGUUCAUGAAAGUACCAUUUGUGUUGAUGAAAGUACUGUUGUUGCUCAUGAAGUUGAUGAAAGUACCGCUGAUGUUCUCAAAAGUAUCAUUGAUGUUCAUGAAUGUGCUAUAAGUAUUGAUGAAAGUCCUGCUGAUGUUCCCAAAAGUACCAUUGACGCUCACGAAAGUACCAAAAGUGUUGAUGAAAGUACUGCUGAUGUUCCCAAAAUACCAUUGAUGUUCACGAAAGUACCUUAAGUGUUGAUAAAGUUACUGCUGAUGUUCCCAAAAGUACCAUUGAUGUUCAUGAAAGUACCAUUAGUGUUGAUGAAAGUACUGUUGUUGUUCAUGAAGGUGAUGAAAGUAACGCUGAUGUUCCCAAAAAUAUCA